AUGGAUCCAGUGAAAAAUUAUCGGCUUUAUUUGUUAACAUUUUAUGCUUCUUUGGGAAGUUUUUCGGUGGGAGUAUACAUUGGAUGGACUUCACCUAUGGUACCAAAGCUGCGAGAUAACACUUCAGAUAGUCCAUUAGACUAUGGCAUUAGUACGGCAGAAGAAGGAUGGAUUGGUUCAUUGACUGCAGUUGGAGCUUUCUUUGGAGCUCUAUCAAUAGGAUUUAUAGCUUCCAGGCUAGGUCGAAAAUGGACAAUCUUAACAAGUUCUAUAUUCUUCGCUAUUUCAUAUAUUUUGCUGAUGGUUGGUAGUAAUAUUUGGUACAUUUAUGCAGCUCGUGUGCUUCAGGGUCUAGGUGGGGGAAUUGCUAAUGGCGUAAUUCCAAUAUAUAUUGGUGAAGUUGCAACUGAUACUCUUCGCGGAGCAUUAGGUUCUAUGUUACAACUUUCUUUGAGUUGUGGACUGGUAUUCGUGUACAGUAUUGGACCAUAUGUCAGUUAUAUGACCUUGCAAUGGAUUUGUCUAAUAAUUCCAAUCUUUCAAUUUUUGGUAACAAUUUUCUUCAUGCCAGAAACACCAUAUUACUAUGCAAUGAAUCAUCACACUUCGAAUGGAAUAAGAUCGCUACAACAUAUUCGUGGACAAAAAGAAAAAACUUGCGAACCUUUGAUGCGUCAAAUUCAAAAAGAUGUUGACGACUCAAUGUCGAAUAAAGGAUCUGUCGUAGAUAUAUUUGCAAAUCGUGGCUACAGAAAGGCUUUACUUAUCGGCUGUGGUCUGUUGGUUUUCCAACAACUUUGCGGUACUAAAGCUGUAAUCAUCAAUAGUCAAUCGAUUUACAGCAGUGCCAAUUCGAGUCUCGAUCCAGCUAUUGCUACCAUUUUCGGUGGACUUGCUCAACUUGUUUCGAAUUUCCCAACUCCGUAUGUUGUCGAACGGGCUGGACGAAAAGUAGUUCUGCUAAUCUCAGCUAGUGGCAUGUGCUUAGCACUUUUGAUAUUGGGAACAUUUUUCUACAUUCAAACCUUCGGCGAUGCAUCGCAUAUUCUUUGGCUACCAGUUCCUGCAAUGAUUGGCUUCAAUUUGUUUUAUGGGUUCGGAUUCGGUCCAAUCCCGUGGGCAGUGUUGGGUGAAAUGUUUCCAUCCAACAUCAAGUCCAGUGCUACAUCGAUUGCGUGUUCGGUUAAUUGGCUGACAAGUUUUGUCGUAGUUAGGUGGUUCCCAGAAUUUAAUGCUUUGGGACCGUAUUAUGCUUUUUGGUUUUUUAGUGUAAUGUGUGGAUUGGCGAUAUUAUUUGUACUCUUUAUUGUGAUAGAGACAAAGAAAAUAAGUUUGAAGAGUAUUCAAGAGAAAUUACAGGCGUGAUAUAUGCUUGGUGAAAGUAUCUUA